UCUUCAAACUUCUCUUCGGUGUCGUUUAGAUCCAUACUCUUCUUUCGUCUUCCUCCUUCCUUCUCUUUUUCUCUCCCAGCUCUCUCUCUGCGCAAGCGUGCCGAGAUUCCCAUAAACCCUAGCUUAUCCAAUUCAGCUUCACGAGCACAUAUUCAGUAAGGUAUCUGCGCUGCUUGGAAGGGCUUGUAGUUCUGCAUUUUCUUAACCCACCAAUGUGAUGCAUUUUGUCUAACGAUUUCUUAUGGUAUCUCAAUGGAUCAACAGACUGAAGAGCUACCAGAAUACAUAAAUAUCAAUCAAAACGAUUUCUCAUAUCGAAAGCACAAGAAGCAAAAGGAGGAGGACAUUGCUAUCUGCGAAUGCAAAUAUAACACCAAUGAUCCUGAUAGUGCAUGUGGGGAGAGGUGCUGGAAUGUACAUACCAGCACAGAAUGCACUCCUGGUUACUGCCCUUGUGGUGUCUUCUGCAAGAAUCAGAGAUUUCAGAAAUGUGAAUAUUCUAAAACAAAGUUGUUUAAAACUCAAGGCCGAGGGUGGGGUCUUCUAGCUGAUGAGGAUAUAAAGGCGGGACAGUUUAUUAUUGAAUACUGUGGAGAAGUAAUAUCAUGGAAAGAUGCGAAGCGAAGAUCCCAAGCUUAUGAAAUUCAGGGUCUCAGAGAUGCAUUUAUCAUUUCUCUCAAUGCUUAUGAAUCUAUUGAUGCUACUAAAAAGGGAAGCCUUGCUAGGUUUAUCAACCAUUCAUGCCAACCGAAUUGUGAGACGAGGAAAUGGACAGUAUUGGGGGAAAUAAGGGUUGGAAUAUUUGCAAAGGAAGAUAUAUCUAACGGAACAGAAUUGGGAUAUGACUAUAAUUUUGAAUGGUAUGGUGGUGCCAAGGUUCGCUGUCUCUGUGGUGCAGCAAGCUGUUGUGGAUUUCUUGGGGCAAGAUCUCGUGGUUUUCAGGAGGAUACUUAUCUGUGGGAAGAUGAUGAUGACAGAUAUUCAGUUGAGAAAAUUCCGCUCUACGAUUCUGCAGAGGAUGAGCCUUCCUCUAAGCUCCUCAAAAGUGUGAACUCUUCGAAUGCUGAAUAUAAUGUUGAUGGAAAAAUUAAGUACUCAAUGACAAUGACUGUUGGUGUUGGAUCUGAGCACCAAUUUGAAACCAAUGCUCUUGUUGUUCAGCCAUCUGAUCCAGUUCCCAUGGAGGGUGUAGUUGUCAAUGAAAUAAAAGCUGAAGCAAGUGUGGAGAUGAAACUGUUUUCACAAGAUACUCAACAGGCCUUUUCACAAAAUAAUCCAAUGAUAUCUCGCAUACGAAGUAAUAGUGCGUGCCGGAACUAUCACAUUGGACCAGGGUCCUUGACAAAGAAAAGAUCAAAACACUAUUCCAAUGGAAGGUUGAAACAACUUGCACAGAAGCAAGUUGAUGCAAAAUUUGCUGCCCUACUUUUGGUAACAAAGGAAGCCCAAGACGAAAUCCUGAGAUAUGAGGAAAUUAAGAAGAAUGCCAACACUGCGCUUGAUUCAUUAUACAAUGAAAUACGACCUGCCAUUGAGGAACAUGAGAGGGACAGCCAAGACAGUGUAGCUACCAGUGUAGCAGAGAAGUGGAUAGAAGCCUGCUGCGCAAAAUUUAAGGCGGAAUUUGAUCUUCAUUACUCAAUUGUCAAAAAUGUUGCCUGCGCUCUCCGGAGGCCUCACCCGGAAGCAAAACCUUUUGAAGGAGACAACGAGAGUGGAAUCAGCAAGGAGUCAAGGACUGAUUGAACGAUGGAUUGGGAAUGCGUUGCUCAUCUGACUUUGAUUAUGUUACUCAUGCAUGAUUAUAUGUUACUCAAGAGGCAGUCUUCAAUCCCUCGUAAGAGCAUUUGACACGUCAAAAG